UGAUGCUGGUCUCCACGGACGCUCUUCUUCCCUGGAGCCGUCACCGGGGAGAGGAGGACUUGCCACCCAGCCAGGACCAGGUGCCAUGAGGUGAGCGCCAGGCCCGCUGAGCCUCCGCAGAGCUGCCAGCCAUGCCUGGGAUCGUGGUGUUCCGGCGGCGCUGGUCUGUGGGCAGCGAUGACCUCGUCCUGCCAGCCAUCUUCCUCUUCCUGCUGCAUACCACCUGGUUUGUGAUCCUGUCCGUGGUGCUCUUCGGCCUGGUCUACAACCCGGACGAGGCCUGCUCCCUGAACCUGGUGGACCACGGCCGCGGCUACCUGGGCAUUUUACUGAGCUGCAUGAUCGCUGAGAUGGCCAUCAUCUGGCUGAGCAUGCGCGGCGGCAUCCUCUACACAGAGCCCCGUGAAUCCAUGCAGUACGUGCUCUACGUGCGCCUGGCCAUCCUGGUGAUCGAGUUCAUCUAUGCCAUCGUGGGUAUUGUCUGGCUCACCCAGUACUACACCUCCUGCAACGACCUCACUGCCAAGAACGUCACGCUCGGGAUGGUCGUCUGCAACUGGGUGGUCAUCCUGAGUGUGUGCAUCACGGUCCUCUGCGUCUUCGACCCCACCGGCCGCACCUUCGUCAAGCUGAGGGCCACCAAGAGGAGGCAGCGUAACCUGCGGACCUACAACCUGCGGCACCGCUUAGAAGAGGGUCAGGCCACCAGCUGGUCACGUCGGCUCAAAGUGUUCCUCUGCUGCACUCGGACGAAGGACUCCCAGUCAGACGCCUACUCGGAAAUUGCCUACCUCUUUGCCGAGUUUUUCCGAGACCUGGACAUCGUGCCAUCGGACAUCAUCGCUGGCCUGGUGCUGCUCCGGCAGCGGCAGCGGGCCAAGCGCAAUGCCGUGCUGGACGAGGCCAACAACGACAUCCUGGCCUUCCUGUCUGGCAUGCCGGUGACCAGAAACACCAAGUACCUCGACCUCAAGAACUCGCACGAAAUGCUCCGCUAUAAGGAGGUCUGCUAUUACAUGCUCUUUGCCCUGGCUGCCUACGGCUGGCCCAUGUACCUGAUGCGGAAACCCGCCUGCGGCCUCUGCCAGCUGGCCCGGUCCUGCUCGUGCUGCUUGUGUCCUGCCCGGCCCCGGUUCGCCCCCGGAGUCACCAUCGAGGAAGACAACUGCUGCGGCUGCAACGCCAUCGCCAUUCGACGCCACUUCCUGGACGAGAACAUGACCGCAGUGGACAUCGUCUACACCUCCUGCCACGAUGCGGUCUAUGAAACCCCCUUCUAUGUGGCAGUGGACCACGACAAGAAGAAGGUGGUGAUCAGUAUCCGGGGAACACUGUCCCCCAAGGACGCCCUGACAGACCUGACUGGUGACGCCGAGCGCCUCCCCGUGGAGGGCCACCACGGCACCUGGCUGGGACAUAAGGGGAUGGUCCUCUCAGCCGAGUACAUCAAGAAGAAGCUGGAGCAGGAGAUGGUCCUGUCCCAGGCCUUCGGGCGAGACCUGGGCCGCGGAACCAAACACUACGGCCUGAUUGUGGUGGGCCACUCCCUGGGCGCGGGCACUGCUGCCAUCCUCUCCUUCCUCCUGAGACCCCAGUACCCAACCCUCAAGUGCUUUGCCUACUCCCCCCCAGGGGGCCUGCUGAGCGAGGACGCCAUGGAGUACUCCAAGGAGUUUGUAACGGCUGUGGUUCUGGGCAAAGACCUUGUUCCCAGGAUCGGCCUCUCCCAGCUGGAAGGCUUCCGCAGACAGCUCCUGGAUGUCCUGCAACGAAGCACGAAGCCCAAAUGGCGAAUCAUUGUGGGGGCCACCAAAUGCAUCCCCAAGUCAGAGCUGCCCGAGGAGGUGGAGGUGACCACGCUGGCCAGCACGCGGCUCUGGACUCACCCCAGCGACCUGACCAUCGCCCUGUCGGCCAGCACUCCCCUUUACCCCCCCGGCCGCAUCAUCCACGUGGUCCACAACCACCCAGCGGAGCAGUGCUGCUGCUGCGAGCAGGAGGAACCCACAUACUUCGCCAUCUGGGGCGACAACAAGGCCUUCAACGAGGUGAUCAUCUCGCCGGCCAUGCUGCACGAACACCUCCCCUAUGUGGUCAUGGAGGGGCUCAACAAGGUGCUGGAGAACUACAACAAGGGGAAGACGGCCCUGCUGUCUGCUGCGAAGGUCAUGGUGAGCCCCACGGAGGUGGACCUGACCCCCGAGCUCAUCUUCCAGCAGCAGCCGCUGCCCACGGGGCCACCUGUGCCUGCUGGCCUGGCCCUGGAGCUGCCCGCUGCAGACCACCGGAACAGCAGCGUCAGGAGCAAGUCCCAGUCUGAGAUGAGCCUGGAGGGCUUCUCGGAGGGGCGGCUGCUCUCCCCCGUGGCCGCGGCCUCGGCGGCCCGCCAGGACCCGGUGGAGCUGCUGCUGCUGUCCACCCAGGAGCGGCUGGCGGCCGAGCUGCAGGCGCGGCGGGCACCACUGGCCACCAUGGAGAGCCUGUCGGACACGGAGUCUCUGUACAGCUUCGACUCACGCCGCUCCUCCGGCUUCCGCAGCAUCCGUGGCUCGCCCAGCCUCCACGCCGUGCUGGAGCGCGACGAGGGCCACCUCUUCUACAUCGACCCGGCCAUCCCCGAGGAGAACCCGUCCCUGAGCUCACGCACCGAGCUGCUGGCGGCCGACAGCCUGUCCAAGCACUCGCAGGACACGCAGCCCCUGGAGGCCGCCCUGGGCAGCGGGGGCGUCACCCCCGAGCGGCCCCCCAGCGCGGCGGCCAACGAGGAGCCGGAGGAAGGGGGCGGGGGGGCAGCCCCCCGCAGCGGAGAGCUGGCGCUGCAGGAGAGGCGCCUGGGGGACUCGCCCAGCCCGCAGGUGCUAGAGUUCGCCGAGUUCAUCGACAGCCUCUUCAACUUGGACAGCAAGAGCAGUUCCUUCCAGGACCUCUACUGCAUGGUGGUGCCGGAGAGCCCCACCAGCGACUACGCCGAGGGCCCCAAGUCCCCCAGCCAGCAGGAGAUCCUGCUCCGAGCCCAGUUCGAGCCCAAUCUGGUGCCCAAGCCCCCGCGGCUCUUCGCCGGCUCGGCCGACCCCUCCUCGGGCAUCUCGCUGUCACCCUCCUUCCCACUCAGCUCCUCGGGCGAGCUCAUGGACCUGACCCCCACGGGCCUCAGCAGCCAGGAAUGCCUGGCGGUGGACAAGGUCCGGACUUCUACCCAGGCCGGCCGCGGGGCCAGCCCCACCAAGCAGGACGACCUGGUCAUCUCGGCACGCUAGCAGCACCCAGGAGUCGCUACCGACCUUGGCCCAGGCCAGAGCAGGUGGCUCCUUCGGGCUCCUGGUGGCUGCCCCUCAGGCCGGGCAGCUUUAGGGAGAGGCCCCUCCUGGGCAUGUGUCGCCUCAGGCGUUGAGCACUGCUGCUGAGCUGGGGGGUCCGCCUCCCUACCUCAGCUUAGGACCCCCCUGGAGCCAAGGCAGCUGGGAUCUGGGCCCUCCAGAUAGGGAAUGACAGGGAGGGCCGUGAGCAGGGAGGAGGCUGCAGGGACAGCCUGCCAGGGGUGGGGCAGGGCUGCACUCUGCCCUCCCAGCCUGACUGCUCCCCUGCAGGGGCAUCCUGGCACCCCCUAUUCCGGGACAGUCCAUGAGUAUGCUGACUCCCCAUCACUGCCCUCUGGCUACUCUCCCAGGGCCGAGAUGGAGAGCGGCCCCCUCCCCACAUAUUCUCAUCUGUGGUCCAGGCUUGCACCUGCCCUGGCCACCCCGAGAUCUGGUGCCUGCUGGCAAGCCCCCUGGGGGUGACCCCCCCCCCAACCAAGGUGGCCCGCAGUGCCAUGUAUGUUUACAGAAGCUGCUGGGCUGGGCUCAGGAUGUGUCCUGGGCUUGCAAGCCCCCCUCGCCCUUGCAAUCGUGUGUUCAGCCGCCCUUUUCUAAGCAGGCAGGGGCCAGCCUCCACAGGGCCCACAGCAGCCAUGGGGCCUGGAGGUGGCCCAUCCAUCUGCUUGAUGUCCCUCACGGUGAUCCCUCUGUCGAUGGGUCCCGGGUACCCGGGCCUGCCUGCCCUGCCAGCCCGUUCCUUCCUGGCCUGCCUUCUACCCCCAGGAUCCUGGCCACUCAAAGGGUGGAGGGCACAGGUGUGAAAAGCCCUGGCUGCAGAUUCAGUGCCCUGGGCAGAAGGAAGGCCCCACUACCACCACCCCCCCUUUUAAUCACCUCCCCCAGGCCUCGGCACUCCAGGCCCUGGGAUCUGAAACCAAACAAGCCUCUGCUCCCCGCAGCUCCCACUCGUUGCCCCCGGCCCUGGGCUUUCUCCUGGGAGCUGGGCUCUCUCCCCUCCCACCCGCCAUGUCCUGUUGUCAGGAAGUGGGGCCGAGAGUAGGGUAUUGUGGGACCUGGCUAGAGACCCGGGAGGGCCAGGGGCUUAGCCUGAGGCCUCCACUGGAGGGGCGCCUUUCCUACUAGGUUGGGGAACCAUAGGGGAUGGCGUGGAGACCCUGCCUGUCCCUGGAGGCCCAGCAGGGGGGUGGUGCAUGCUGGGGUGGGGGUGUGUGUGUGUGCAUGUGCAUGAGUGUGUGCCAUCCCUGAGGACAGGGUCAGGGGGGUGGCUGGAGCGCCCUCCCCGCCCCGUCUGCCCUCUGGCCCCCACCUCGGCCUGCCGAAACAGCAGGCAGCGAACAUGAGGGGCGCCAUGCAGUGGGGGCCAUGGGAUGAGCUCAACUUCUGACACACGGUCCCCCCCUCGUCUCGCCGGCCACUCUGACCCCUGGUUUGGAAGACGGGUGUGUGCCGAGGUGUUGACCGCCUGCUUGUGCCUUCAUCUCCUCGGAGGCAUGGUCCCCCCUACUCUGGGCCCACCCACGGCCUCCCUGGGUCGCCUAGGGCUUCCCUCACCAAGACCCCCAUCUCACGAUCACUGCUAUCUGGGACCCCUGCCCACCCUACCACAUGGGGACAGAGACCUGGGAGCUGGGCCUCCCUCACCCUCUGUGACUCCCACCCUCAUCAAUCUCCUGCCCCUGCUGGCUGCCCCCCCACCGCCCCCCUGCACAGAAGCAAGAUGGAAUCAGUGGCUCUUAGAGUUAAAAAAAAAAAAAAGACAAAUCAUAAAUCAGAGUAAAGUUCCAACUAGCACCCCAGCCAAUAGCAGGGGGGCUUGGAAUCUGGCCUUUUACUUCCUCCUCCACCAGGGUGGGCCUGGGACUUCUGAGGGGGCGUGGUGCCCACCCAUGCCCGGGACUGAGCCAUCAGGGACAGACUCCCCACCCCCAAGGCUGCAGCCGCACAGGUUGGCAGGCUUGGGGCUGGGGCAGGCUCGGACUCAGCCCUGGACGCCCCCGGGUCAGCCCACCCCCUCCCCACCUCGCCCCUGGAGGAUGGGCCUGCUGCGUGUGUCUCCCUUCCUCCACGCACCACACUCGGGGGGGUCUGAGCCACCCCCCUCAGCCCAGCUCGGCUCAGACAGACCCCCCACUCUGUCCCCCAGACCCGCAGCACAAGGUCUCCCGGACGGCGCUAGCCCGUCCUCCCAGGGGCCUGGGCGACCUCCAUAUGCAAUCAGUAGUGAGAGCUGGGCGCCACAGACACUCAUGCACUGUUCGUGCCAUCCUCCCAUGACUUUUUUUGUACCUAAUGUAUGAAAGAUCCAAACUAAUAUUGCUGUAAAAAGGAGAGACAAAUUAAUAUAGCUUAUUCUAUAAAUAUAUCUGUAUAUAAAGGUUUCUGUAUAUUGUAUAGAGCUGUGUAUAAACUGGAUGUAGAAGCA